GGCGGUGGCGGAAGGGGCGGUGUCUGAAACGGCAGGGUCGCGCGGCCAUGGCCGAGCCUGUGCGGGACGAACUGUCGGCCCUGGCCGCGAUUUUCUGCGGGCAGGACGAGUGGGAGGUGCUGAACCGCUCAGAAGCAGAUGGCACGGUGUUCAGAAUUCACACAAAAGCCGAAGGACUUACGGAUGUGGAUAUACCCUUAGAACUGGUGUUUCAUUUACCUGUCACUUACCCUUUGUGUCUGCCUGGUAUCUCUGUUAACUCUGAAUGUCUGACCAGGGCCCAGUGUGCGAUGGUGAAAGAGAAAUUACUUGAGCAAGCAAAGAACCUUUUGUCGGAACCUAUGGUUCACGAGCUUGUUCUUUGGGUUCAGCAGAAUCUCAGACACAUCCUCAACCAACCGGAAACUGGAGGUGGCAGUGAAGAGUGUACUUUUCCACCGAGCAUAACUGUGGACGAUGGACUGUGGAUAACUCUUUUGCAUUUAGAUCACAUGAGAGCAAAGACCAAAUACAUCAAGACUGUGGAGAAGUGGGCUUCAGAUUUAAGGCUGACAGGAAGACUGAUGUUCAUGGGUAAAAUAAUUCUGAUUUUACUACAAGGAGACAGAAACAACAUCAAGGAGUACCUGAUCCUUCAGAAAACCUCCAAAGUCGAUGUGGACUCAAGUGGAAAGAAAUGCAAAGAGAAAAUGAUUAGUGUCCUGUUUGAAACAAAAGUACAGACAGAACACAAAAGGUUUCCAGCAUUUGAAGUCAAGGAAUAUUCAUCGUUGGAUGAGUUACAAAAGGAAUUUGAAAUGGCAGGACUUAAGAAUCUUUUCUCCGAAUUUGUACUUGGGCUGGUGAAAUGAAGUGGAAGACAAGAAUCUUUUAGUAAUGCGGCAGUGUUUUUGUUUUGUUACUUUUGUUGUUUUUUGUAUUGGAUUUUGAGAGUAGCUUAUUGAACUGCUUACACAGGAGCAAUUUUGAAGUUUCUGUGAAGCAAAAUGAUAGACACCAUCCUCACUUCAGGAAUUACAGCCAAUUCUGUUUUUUUUUAAUUGUACUUUAGAUGAAGGUUUACAGAACAAACUAGCUUCUCAUUAAAUAAUUAGUACACAUAUUAUUGUUUUGUGACACUGGUUACCAAGCCCACGACAUGU